ACAGUGAAAGAAGAAGAGGAAGACGUUUCAGUGAAAGAAGAGCAAGAUGCGUUCAGAGUGAAAGAGGAGGAGGAUGUUACUGUAAGAGAAGAGAAAGACGAGGAUGCAGUUUUUGGAGUGAAAAAGGAAGAAGAGGAGGAAACUGGAUAUCUGGGCCCAGUUUACCAAAUGCAUCUUAAGGCGUCCAAUGGUUCUAAUGAUGAACUUAGCCGUAAGAUGGUUUUGGGAAACCGGGCCCUGAUUAACACUAGAGAGAGACGUGACUAUUGUGGAUCCUCUGGGAAGCCUCAACAACGGCAUGAAGCUGACGAGGCAGAGAAGAGUCUCUCCACAUCAGAACAUCUCAAGAAACAGCAGCAGACACCCACAGGGAAGAUAACUAACCACUGCUCUGUCUGUGGGAAGAGUUACUCAAGAUCAGAUUCACUAAAAGCACACCAGAGAAUUCACACUGGAGAGAAAUCUUAUCUCUGUGAUCAAUGUGGGAAGAGUUUUGCUACAUCUAGCAAGCUGACUAUACACCAAAGAAAACACACAGGAGAGAAAUCUUUCCACUGCUCAGACUGUGGGAAGAGUUACUCAAGAUCAGAUUCACUAAAAGCACACCAGAGAAUUCACACUGGAGAGAAAUCUUAUAGCUGUGAUCAAUGUGGGAAGAGUUUUACUACAUCUAGCCAGCUGACUAUACACCAGAGCAAUCACACAGGAGAGAAACCUUACAACUGCUCUGACUGUGGAAAGAGUUUUGUUAUAUCAGGAUAUUUAAAAUCACACCAAAGAAUACACACAGGAGAGAAACCUUAUAGCUGUGAUCAAUGUGACAAGAGUUUUAGUCACUCAAGCAGCCUGAUAGUACACCAGAGAACACACACAGGAGAGAAACCUUAUAGCUGUGAUCAAUGUGGGAAGAGUUUUACUGAAUCUAGUCAGCUGACUAAGCACCAGAGAACACACACAGGAGAGAAGUCUCAUAGCCGAAAACAACGUGACAAAAGAUACUCUGAUAAAAUAUCUGAUUAAACAUCAGACAAUUCAUACAUGAAGGAGUUGAAUGCUUUUAACAUUGUAGGAGGAGUAUUUUAAUGAAUAAUUUCACAAUGUAGAACCCUAAACGUUUGCCCCCUGUUCUAUUGAUUGCAGCAUGAUAUGGAUAUUAGCCUCACGGACAAAUCCAGGCUCUGAAUUGAAAGAGUACUAUUUAUAUUAUAUUUAUGUGAUUAAAAAAAAAAGUU